AUGGCAAGGAGAAACAGAAGAGAAGAGAUGGAUGUUCCAUCACAUCAUCUAAAUUAUGCGGUGGACGCUUCGAGCUCUCACAAUGAUUGGCACACCGGACAACCAAUUGAUAUGAGUGAAGUGGGGCUCAGUCCAGCAGAUCGAAUCAAAGCUCUGUUUGAGCAAAGACAGCGCCACAGAAGAGGUUUUCCAACGAGAACUUCACUUCAUUUGAAAUUCCCGGAACAAUGGCCGUAUGGCCUACAGCAGGUUCACAUAACCGGACGAGAUCUCAAGAUAAAGAAGAUCGAUAAGCUUCGAGAAGUUCGAAUCAACCACACAGAAGCAAUCAUCGGCGAGGUUAAACAAACCCCAAGGAGAAUCGAUCCUGAUUUGUUUGACCAAACCGUGAAUGAAGUGAAGCAAAGGAUUCAUUCUAUAGAAAGCGAGCCAUGGAUCCGUUCCGCCGUCUUCUAUCCACUGGGACCAAAGAGCAUCCUUCAAGCUCUAGAUGGAUGUCUUUUUGCACGAAAAUAUCGUCUACUCGUUGAUUCAAACAACGCUCUGGCAUAUUUGUUAAUGGAAAGUUUUGGCAAUCCAGAGGACGAUUCUGCAGAAAUCGAAAGAUUAUUGAAGUUAAGCACCAUCAAGCAUGAAACCGAAAUGGUUUCGACUCCAAACGCAGGAUACAGUAUGCUCUGCAAGUAUGGAGAACAACCACAGUUCGUGACCACACCCAACAAUUCCACCAUCGCACUAGUCUUCGAUUUGGAAUAUUUGAAAGAGAAACGCCACAACAGUCGAGCAGACCAUUUAACUCCGGAAAAGUUCUACCAGGAUCAUUUUGGUUGCCCACUCCGUUUCACUCGUCGUCUCUCGGAUCCUGAGAAGGAAUGGCUUGAGAAGAAAGUGGAGAUGUACAACUUCCGAGACCAUCCACUCAGAAUGCUGCAGUUCUAUACUGUAGAGGAUCGGAAAAUGGCUGUGGAGCAGAAUCGAUUCGAGUUCUUAGAUGCGUUGUUCUGUGAUUCGAUGUUCAACUAUAAAGACCUCACGGAGAAACUUCACCUGUACGUCACCUAUUCAAUGGAGCCGAAACACGAUGAAUUGGUUCAAGUAACACUGUCUGCCGAAUGUGACAAGAUCAUCGCUGAAGAUGCGUUCGAGGCCCACUACCUGAGUUGUCGCUAUUUCAACAAUAAAAAAGUCGAAGAUCUGAUGCUGAGAUACAAUAGGAAUCAUAAAAAAAUUAUUCUCAGCGGAUUCCCAAAGCAUCUGUCUACAUUUGAGGGAAAGCGAUGGUUAGUGGAGAGAAUCACAAGCAGCAACAGUAUCCGCUUGAUCUCCAUCGAACCAUUCAUCGAAACUGUUUAUGGCGCCGAGCAAACGUUCUUAAGAGCAAGAAACAAGAAACUCAACGUUUGUAUCGAGAAGGAAAUUUACCGAAUCGGUCAUUGCCACAACAUCUACCAGCCGAUUUCGGGGGAGUGGAGAUGGGACAUGCAAAGAGCACUAGGAGCCCGAAAUUUAUUGAACACGGUGAAACAGAGAGGAGAUGUCCCGUGGAAGAUCUUCCGCAACAACCGUGGAGCAAUGCAUCAUUUGGAAACAUAUACGGUACACUUCCAUACUGUUCCAACCGGCUUGCGGUUUGUUGAACACAUCCUCGACGAAGCUUCCAAUUCGCCGCUGUUCUGGGCAGACAAAUCGGAUAAAAAAGGACCAAUGAUUGUUCCCUGCUUCCGCAAGACCAUCACCAUCAGUCGAGUUCUUCGAUAUGCUCUUCGCCGAACAAUCCGUUCUUACGAUGGAGACAUCCGACAUACCUUUCCGUCUCUUUCGGAAAAUGAGGAUGUGAUGAUGGAAUCACCGGAAGCGACUUAUUACGGAGCCCGUCUAUGCGAAGAAUGGAGCAUCGACAGCGAGACAGGCGUUCUCGAAGUUCAAGGAUGGAAUCCAGUUUCGGUCCGAUUAUUCAUGAGAAAACUGCUCAAUGCGAUGGCUCCACUGGAGCUUGUGUCAAUUCCGGCGUUUCCACCAGAUGAGAAUGCCCAACUAUUCUUCGGCGUUGGAGAGAGAUACGUGCGCAGCCUCCCGAAGAAGUACGAUGGAAACGUGGUUGUUGAUAUCGAUCAGUUCUCCCAAAAUAUUCGUUUAUGGGGAUUGGCUGCAGAGGAAGCUCUGGAAGAUCUGAGAAACUAUUCGGUCAACAAGUCUCACAUCGUGAUCGAAGUCGCCAUUCCAGUGCACUUCCCUCACUUCAAUGAUCGCUUGAGAGAUGUUUUGGAUCGGAAAAUAAUUGAUCACUUAAAAAGAUCUUUGGAUCUCAAGAAGUUGGAGGAGAGCAAUGCAGGCAGUUUUUUGAGCUUCGAAGGAACCAUCGAAGCCUAUGAGAAGCUCAUCGAAGGCUUGACGGAGUUGAGUGCAGCGGUUUUCGAUAGAGAAAUUGAAGGAAACGAAGAUUUAGAAGAAAGCCAGAAAGAAUACCAGUGCACAUGCACAGGGUCGGAAAUCGCCAGAAACAACAACUUUUAUCGCCUCCAUUGUGGUCAUGUGUUUUGUCGCACAUGCUUGAACCAGUGCAUCAAAAGUAGCAUCAACAAUGCACAGCUUCUCAUCGAGUGCCCGAUCGAUGCUUGCAAGAAGUUCAUCACCCCAGCAGAACUAAUAGAUCUGGUUCUCGGAGACGAUAGGCGACUCAAGGAUAUUGAUGCGGAAAAACUAAGCAUCCUGGGGAACAAAACGAAAGAUGCCGUCGUCGCAGCAAAUCCAGAGUUGAAAAACUGCAUCACAGCCGAUUGCAUUGGCAUAUACUCCAAGGAACAAGGAGACACCAAGAUUCUCAAAAGAUGCACCGCUUGCCGUCGUUCCUAUUGCCGUCAGUGCCUUUCUGGAGCUCAUGAAAGAAGAACAUGUGAGAAAGCCCUGCGUGCCCAAAUUCCAGAAGAAUCUCUCAAAAUGUGGAUACAUGAGGCUGGAGAUCGAGUGAAGCAUUGUCCAAUCAAAGAAUGCAGCUGGAUGAUGGAAAAGGGAGAAGGAUGCAACCAUAUGCAAUGCCCGAAAUGCUCUAUCCAUUUCUGUUGGAUCUGUGGAUUCACUUCUGAAGAACAGGGACCUAUUUACGGUCACAUGAUGAGUGAUCAUGAAGAUAUUGGGUUAGAAAAUUAUGUUGUGGACGAAGAUGAACAGAUGCUGCAGGAACAGCUCAUGGGACUAUUCGUGGGCGGAAAUAUGGACAACGAAGCUCCGGAUGGGAAUGGAAUGGAUGAAGGAGAAUUUCAUGUCCAAUUUGCAGAGCUGCUACAAAACCAUGCCUUGAACCGACCGCCACCAAGAAGACCACGUCGACUAGAGCGUCUGCCAGAUGUUGUGCUCGACAGUCACCCAAAUCUGACGGAGGUGGACGAAGAAGUGUAUCUUGACUACCUGAAUAUAGCUGCGACAAGAGAGGAGCAAGAUGAGAGGAUUCGAGAAUUGGCAGAGGACAUUCAAAAUAGAUAA